AUGCAAAAUCGACUUGUGGUAUGUGUUUGCAAUUUAAAGCCAGUGAAAAUGCGCGGCAUCGAAUCUCAAGGAAUGGUUUUGUGUGCUUCCACUCCGGAGAAAGUUGAACUGAUUCGUUUCGAUGAGAGCUGCAAACCAGGACAGCUCGUCUCCUGUGAGGGCUUUAUCAGGCGGCCAGAUCCAGUGCUAAAUCCGAAGAAAAAAGUCUGGGAGGGAGUUGCGCCAGAUUUGAAAGUCAGUACGGAAGGCAUGGUAGUAUACAAGGAAAAGCCGUUGCUUAUCGAUGGCCGUCUACCGUUGAUAGCUCCAACAUUACGGGAUGUUCCAGUGAAAUGA